UUUUUCAACGUAUACUCGGCUGAUCUCAAAAGGAGACUUUGGUUUUGUCUCAAAAGAACGCGACAAUUCACGAUGACCUGGAGAGAAAAUAAAUUAGAAAGAAAAACUAACCUGCUUUUGGAGCACGCAAUAACCGUGAACCCUUUCCUCAUCUCACACUUGUGUUUUGCUUCCGCCAUUAUUUUACCCGGUUUCGCUAGAUGAUUGGUUGAAAAUCCUGCUGCCGGGUGCACCUGAUCCAUUAUCCGACCAAGGGAAUAUCAACCCUCAAUCCAAACACCAUCUCGUCACGCUCACCUUUCAACGCGUGUAUUCCACCUCCAAUGCCACAGUAAUAUUUCGAACAAUACUAAUUAUUUUUAUUGAUAUUUCAGAUAUCACAAAUAGUUCUCAAUUUAUUUUCAAGCAAAAUAUAAUGAUAAUAAAUAAUAAUUUUAAAAACCUCCAUGUGGAAAUGUAACUGACGAGCCGUUGAUUCGCGUGGGGGAAAUUUUAUCUUAAGAAAUAAAAUAUAUAUGAGCGGUAAAAAAUUAGCCACGUCGUAUUUCCGUACACAGAAGGCAAACAGGCCAACACCACCACCCACCACUACUGUUCCUUUUCUCUCUCUUUUUUCUUUCUUUCUUUCUCUCUCUAGAGGCCUUCCUCUCACUUCAGGCACCGAGCCUCCUGGAUCUAUCGGCCGGUCCAUGUAGAUCGAUUGCUUGAAAGAAAAAAAUUACCCCUUAUUUUCUAGGGCUUUUUCUCUGGGAAUCCAACUAGGAGAAAAAAUGGAGGACAUCUUCUUUGAUUUCAUGGACUUCAUGAAGAAGCCAUCAGUCAUCGAAACGCUCCUUGACAUUUUGCUGUGCGCAGUACCGAUUUGGGUGGCGGUGAUGAUCGGUCUGGUCAUUGGGUGGUCAUGGAGGCCGCGGUGGACUGGCCUGGUCUACCUUGGCCUCCGGAGCAAGUUUCGCUUCCUCUGGACGGCACCGCCUGGGUUCGGGGCUCGCCGCCUCUGGUUGGCUUUCACAGCGCUCUCCGCUUUCUCGGUUGGUAGGACGAUUUGGUCCAAUUUUAAAGUGAGGAGGAAAGGGCCGACUGCUGCGGCGGCUUCGAGUUCGCCGGCGGGGACGGCGCGAUCGGUGGAGGGAAAUGGAGGCGAUGUUAGUCUUGAUACUAGACCUGCAGAAAUAGAGCAGGAUAUUGUCACAGAAAAUGACUUGGAUCACCUUUUGCAUGUUCUCGAAAGGAAGGAUGGAGAAAUGGCAUGGCAAGGUAUGAUGGAACGGUCAACCCCAAAUAUGUCAUACCAAGCUUGGCGCCAUGAGCCCGAGAAUGGCCCCACUGUGUAUCGUAGCAGAACUGUAUUUGAGGAUGCAACUCCCGAGGUGGUUAGAGAUUUCUUCUGGGAUGAUGAGUUUAGACCUAAAUGGGACCCUAUGCUUGCUUAUUUUAAAAUCUUGGAGGAAUUCCCUCAUACAGCGACAAUGAUUGUCCACUGGAUAAAAAAGUUCCCUUUCUUCUGCAGUGAUAGAGAAUAUAUCAUUGGUCGAAGAAUUUGGGAGGCUGGGAAGACAUAUUAUUGUGUGACAAAGGGGGUGCCAUAUCCAGGGUUGCCCAAGCGUGACAAACCACGGCGUGUGGAGCUCUAUUUCUCAAGCUGGAUCAUCAGGGCUGUGGAAUCCAGUAAAGGAGAAGGAAUGUCUGCAUGCGAGGUGAGCCUUGUACACUAUGAAGACAUGGGGAUCCCCAAGGAUGUAGCAAAGCUGGGUGUCCGCCAUGGGAUGUGGGGAACAGUCAAGAAACUGCAUUCAGGUAUGAGAGCAUAUCAAAAUGCAAGGAAAACAGAGGCACCCUUGUCCAGAAGUGCACUGAUGGCAAGAAUCACCACAAAAAUUUCUUUUGAUGAAACUAGUGAUUCCUUAGAGCCCGCUUCUGGUGAAGAAGAAAAAGGUCAAGUGGUGGAUAUCCAAAGAAAGAAAGAUAAGGGCAUUGAUUGGAAAUGGAUAGUUAUCGGUGGAACUGUAGCUCUGGUCUGUGGACUUCAUACGGGUACAAUUGGGAAAGCCUUAUUAAUUGGUGCAGGGCAAAGGUUUAGGCGGAGGUGAGACUCAUUUAACACACACUCGUCCUAGUUCUAUCCACAACAUUUAUUCGGAUCCCCUAGCAAACCUAAGCCUCAUUUAUCAAUGCAUCAAUUGUUAUCAUUCAAGAUUGAUUGUAUUUUAAUUUUUUUUUUUUAUCAGUUUUGAGUGAAUUUAGUCUCUUUUUCUUGAA